AUGAGGCCCUCGCGACCUCUGCUCCUGCUGGUCCUCCUGCAUUUCGCGCUCCUGUCCACCACCAAUGCAGCCGCCGCCGAUGGCAAUGGGAACGGGAACGGGAACGGGAACGGGACAGGCGACCUGCGCGGUGACGCGAUGGCGCUGCUCGCGCUCAAGGCCGCGCUGGGCUGCCGCCCGGGCGCGCUGUGGUCGUGGUCGGCGGCCAAUGCCGGGUCCGUGUGCGCCUGGACGGGCGUCCGGUGCGGCGCGGCCGGGCGCGUGGUCGCCGUCGACAUCGCCAACAUGAACGUGUCCGCCAGCGGCGCGGCGCCCGUCUCGGUCCGCGUGACGGGGCUCGGCGCGCUCGAGAGCCUCUCGCUGGCCGGGAACGGCAUCGUGGGCGCCGUCGCCAUCGCGUCGCCGCUCCCGGCGCUGCGCCACGUCAACGUGUCCGGGAACCAGCUGAGCGGCGGGCUCGACCUCGACGGCGGCUGGGACUUGGCGUCGCUUCCCGCGCUCGAGGUGCUGGACGCCUACGACAACAACUUCUCGUCCCCGCUCCCGCUCGGCGUCGCGGGACUGCCGAGGCUCCGGUACCUGGACCUCGGCGGCAACUACUUCACGGGCGAGAUCCCGGCGGCGUACGGCGCGAUGCCCGCGGUGGAGUACCUGUCCCUCAACGGCAACAACCUGCAGGGCCGCAUCCCGCCGGAGCUCGGCAACCUCACCACGCUCCGGGAGCUCUACCUGGGGUACUACAACGUGUUCGACGGCGGCAUCCCGCCGGCGCUCAGCGCGCUGCGCAGCCUCACCGUGCUGGACGUCUCCAACUGCGGCCUCACGGGGCGGGUACCCGCGGAGCUCGGCGCGCUCGCGUCGCUCGACGCGCUGUUCCUCCACACGAACCAGCUGUCCGGGCCCAUCCCGCCGGAGCUCGGCAACCUCACGUCGCUCACCGCGCUGGACCUCUCCAACAACGCGCUCACGGGCGAGGUCCCUCGCUCGCUGGCGUCGCUCACCUCGCUCAGGCUGUUCAACCUCUUCCUGAACCGGCUCCACGGCCCGGUGCCCGACUUCAUCGCCGCGCUGCCGCGCCUGGAGACGGUGCAGCUGUUCAUGAACAACCUCACGGGCCGCGUCCCCGCGGGGCUCGGCGCCAGCGCGCCGCUCCGGAUCGUCGACCUGUCGUCAAACCGCCUCACCGGCGUCAUCCCGGAGACGCUGUGCGCGUCGGGGCAGCUCCACACGGCCAUCCUCAUGAACAAUUUCCUCUUCGGGCCCAUCCCGGGGUCGCUCGGCUCGUGCACGAGCCUCACCCGUGUCCGGCUCGGCCAGAACUACCUCAACGGCAGCAUCCCCGCUGGGCUGCUGUACCUGCCUCGUCUCAGCCUGCUGGAGCUCCACAACAACCUGCUCUCCGGCGCCGUGCCGUCGAACCCGAGCGCGUCCGCCAGUUCUUCGUCGCAGCUGGCGCAGCUCAACGUGUCCAACAACCUGCUGUCGGGCCCGCUGCCGAGCACGCUGGCCAACCUCACCGCGCUGCAGACGCUGCUCGCGAGCAACAACCGGAUCGGCGGCGCCGUGCCGCCGGAGCUCGGGGAGCUCCGGCGGCUCGUGAAGCUCGACCUCAGCGGCAACCAGCUGUCGGGGGCGGUCCCGGGGGCAGCGCUCGGGCAGUGCGGCGAGCUCACGUACCUCGAUCUCAGCAGGAACAACCUGUCCGGCGCGAUCCCCGAGGCAAUCGCGGGCAUCCGGGUGCUGAACUACCUCAACCUGUCGCGGAACGCGCUGGAGGACGCGAUCCCGGCGGCGAUCGGCGCCAUGAGCAGCCUCACGGCGGCGGACUUCUCGUACAACGACCUGUCCGGGCAGCUCCCGGACACGGGGCAGCUGGCGUACCUGAACGCGACGGCGUUCGCGGGCAACCCGAGGCUGUGCGGGCCGGUGGUGAGCCGGCCGUGCAAUAACUACACGGAAGGCGUGACGACGACGACGGCGCGGCGCGGCGGGGAGCUGAAACUGGUGCUGGCGCUGGGCCUGCUGGCCUGCUCCGUGGUGUUCGCCGCGGCGGCCGUGCUCCGCGCGCGGUCGUUCCGCGUGGACGGCGGCGGCGGCGGGGAAGGCCGGUGGUGGUUCACGGCGUUCCACAAGGUGGACUUCGGCGUGGCGGAGGUGAUCGAGUGCAUGAAGGACGGCAACGUGGUGGGCCGCGGCGGCGCCGGCGUCGUGUACGCGGGGCGGACCCGGUCGGGCGGCGCGAUCGCGGUGAAGCGCCUGCAGGCACAAGGGGAGUAUGCGUACACGCUGCGGGUGGACGAGAAGAGCGACGUGUACAGCUACGGGGUGGUGCUGCUGGAGCUCAUCACGGGGCGCCGCCCCGUGGGGCCGGACUUCGGGGAAGGCGUGGACAUCGUGCAGUGGGCCAAGCGUGUCACGGCAGGCGGCCGCCGGGAGGCCGUGGCCGGGAUCACGGACCGCCGCCUUGCCGGCGCGCCCGCCGACGAGGUGGCGCACCUCUUCUUCGUCGCCAUGCUCUGCGUGCAGGACAACAGCGUAGAGCGCCCCACCAUGCGGGAGGUGGUGCAGACGCUCGCCGACGAGUUCCCGCGCCACGCGGCGUCGUCGUCCGCGCAGACGUCGCCGUCCACCUCCUCGUCGGCUGCGGCGGCGCCGACACCGGGCGGGGAGGAGAGCUGCAGCCCCGACGACGGCGGGAAGGAGCCGCCGCCGGCCAACUGCUACAAGCUGUUCCCGGACCUGUUGGCCUGA